AUGUUUCACGAUCCAUACAAGAAGAACGCUCACGAUAUUCCAGGUCUCGUGCCUGAGGUGAGCCGAGAAUCUAUAACUGCGUCCAAGUUACCGAAGCUUGUUGAUCCGGUCUUCAAGCCAGGAGCUCUACCCGUCAUUCCAGGAAUCAUUCCUGAGAAGGUGGAGAAGGAGGACAAGGAUGCCUCAAAGCAGGUAAAUGGUACGACAAAGGCAAAGCUCAAGACGAGAAAGGAGGCAGACGCUGUCAAGUUUAGGGCUCCGGGCAUUCCUGUGUCUCAGCAGAUCCACACUGUCUUUUUCAACGGCAUGCCCAAGAUCAGCGACAAGGCUCUUGACGGCAUGUUAGGUCUACUUCCCACGAUAUCAGCAUGGACUCGGCUCAAGGACGUGUGUGGCUACAACACAGACUCGGGUUUCAUUACUUUCAGUAGUGCAAUGGGAGUGGCUGUCGCUCGAAGAUGCCUGGGAGAGCUGACUGUGAUGGAUGGUGAGGAGGAGAAGAAGAUCAAUGUCACCUGUGAGGAGAACACCAUGUCGAAGAUUGAUGAUGUGAAUGACGCUUUGAUUCUGUCUGAGACUGGCAAGUCACCAGCCAACCUGAUUGAUUCGAUGCAGGCGAUUAUUGAUGGAACUGAAGUUGCCGAAGAAGAGGAGGACGAGGAGGAAGAGGAAGAGCUGCCGCUAAGCCAGAUCACCUUUGAUGUGGAUCCAUUCUAUGACGUUAUUGAGCCGGACCGAACCAACCUCAAAAACGAUAUCAAGAAUUUUAGAAACUCUGCCGUCAAUGCUGAGAAGGAUGCGUUUGCAAAGAGAGGCGAGUUUGGCAAGCAGAGAAUUUCCCGACGAACCACGGCGGCAGAGAAGGUGCUGGGUCAUGUCAAGGGUACCAGCACCUCUUCCAGUACGACCACAACUAACCGAGCUACUGAUCUGCGUCUGUCCGAGAAGGAGCGGGAGAUGUACAGAGAGUACUCGCGAGAGUUACACAGCAUUGAGAAUAGAGACAAAAUUUCUGACGAGGACUAUGCUGUUGAAAUCAUGGACAAGAAGGAGGACGAGGUUGAGGAUCUGUUUAUCGAGGCCCAGAAGAGAUGGCUCAGCUACGAGAACGGUCGUCUCCGAGAUCUCGUCAGCCAGUGGAAACAGGUAGAGCCUGAGGAGCUGGAGAACAACAGAAAGACGGCUAUUGCAAGACUUCUGGACUAUGACGACGACAAAGAGCGAUCCAAGGAGAGACACAUCUACUACUAUGAUCAUGCUACUUGGUCCCGCAACCGAGCCGAGUUCCGAGACGGCGAGAUUCGACGAGAGAAAGAGGAGGCUGAAGAGGGGGAGGAAGCCGAGGUGGCAGCGCCCGUUGGUCCCAUCACCAUCUCACUCAAGCCCAAGGAGGAUCCCAAGGAGGCUGUGGACGUGCUUUCCAAGCCUGUGUCGGUUCCCGAUGUUGGACGCCUUACGGAGUAUGUUGGUGAGCAGGUAGAGGAGUUCCUUGGAGCCAAGGAGGAAGAUCUUAUCAAGUUCAUUGUCGACCAUAUUGUUUCUGGACACAGCGCACAGGAGCUCAUCACUGAGCUGGAGGGUCCUCUUGAUGAGGAAGGCGCCAUCCUGGUGAAGAAUGUUUGGGGAUGGCUUCAGUGA